AUUUGCUGCAGAGCACUGUGGAUAAACUCCUGAAGAAGACCAACCUGGCCCUGGUGAUCGGGACCAACAGCUGGAGGGACCAGUUCCUGGACGCCAUCACGGUCAACUCGGGUGAUGAUGACGAUGAUGACAGUGGCGAGGAGAAGCUGCCAUCUUGUUUUGAUUACGUCAUGCACUUCCUGACGGUCUUCUGGAAGCUUCUGUUCGCCUUCGUCCCCCCCACGGACUACUGGAGCGGCUGGGCCUGCUUCUUCGUCUCCAUCUCCGUCAUCGGCAUGCUGACGGCCGUCAUCGGGGACCUGGCGUCGCACUUCGGCUGCACCGUGGGCCUCAAGGACUCCGUCACCGCCGUGGUGUUCGUAGCUCUGGGGACGUCGGUCCCAGGUCGGACAUCACAGCCAAUCACAGCGCAGCACAUGACAUAG